AUGAAGAAAUCCGAGGGACCAAAGGCAUCAAAAUGCGAAGACGGGGUCGAUUUGAUCAGUGACAUGCCGGAUUCUAUUCUUCUCUUGAUUCUUUCAGGUCUUCGAUUGACCCAAGAAGUAAUUCGAACCAGCAUUUUGUCCAGAAGAUGGAGGUAUUUGUGGACUUCCAUUCCCUCCCUAGAUAUAUUUUAUCGCCAAGAUAAAUUAAAAGAAGACGAAUUCAAAGAGUUUGUGUACUGGGUUUUAGGAAACAGAUCCCUCGAUUUGGAUCGUUUUCGUUUAAGCUGCUAUUAUCAUUACACAAUGUCGACAUUAGGGCGGUGGAUUCACAUGGCUGUUACAAGAAACGUCAAAAAGCUUGACUUGACAUUUUGCCCUAAGAAGGAGUCCGAGGAUACCAAGGAUAUUGAGAUGCCUCAUUGUUUAGUGACUUGCCGUUCAUUGAAGGUAUUAAAGCUGUGUUUGCUCGAACAUGGUUUAAGAUUGCCUAAUUUUAUAGGGUUUCCUGCACUUAGGGUUCUUCAGUUGUGCUAUGUUGUGUUAUCAGAAAAAGAUUUAGAAAAAGAAUUUCUGGAAAGCUGCCCAUUGCUUGAGGAUUUGCGUUUGGUAGACUGCAUCAUAAAUAAACCUGGUCUUCUAUGCAUUUCAUGUCCGAAGCUCAAGAAAUUGAGAAUUGAUAACGAGGAAAAGAAGGGUUCGUGUGGUGGCAUUAAGAUUUCUUGCCCAAAACUGGUGUUUAUGGAGUUAACAGGUCCUUAUCAUUUUUUAUUUGAAAGUCUAGACUCUUUAGAGGAAGUCGUGAUUGAAACUGAAAGAUUACCUCCUGCUCCUACAGCUGAGAUGAUAAUCAAUGCCAUAAGGGUGUUAAUUCCUGGAAUUUCUCAUGUGAAAUCUUUGUGGAUCAACCUGAGUUUCUUCUUUCAGUGUAUUAAUGCUGCACGUGAUCCUUCUCUACCUAAUCUGAAGACUUUGGAGUUAACCACAACAAUUUCUGCCUUCACCAUUGUUGAACUCAUUCAAGUUCUGAAAUAUUAUCCAAAACUGGUGUCUCUUAAGUUGUUCAUCAAACAGGAUUUUUGUGGGCCGGAAUAUCGGGAGUUGGAUGAAACCGAAACACGGAGGAUCGUGGCUCCUGUUGUGAAGUGGGUUGAGCUAUUUGAAUAUAAAGGAGAAAAGCCAAAAGUAGAUAUACAGUGGUAUCGAAAUGCAUGGAUGGAAAUGUUUGCUAGGUGGGGUCAAGAAACCAAGUUCUCUCAUUGGUGA